CCGCCAUUGCUCGCAGGUGCCUCGCGCGCAUAUUUUGCCCCCCGACUCCCAUUGCCAGCGGGUGCCUGGCGCGCAUACCUUGCCGCGGGAAUCCCGUCAGGUCGCCCUUCCGGCGCGGAUCUGUCACUUGCGCCCGCCAGUCUUUGCACGCGCCCCACUCGCUCAGAUUUGAAUGAUGCGUUUCCUGGCAACAGGAGAAUGCUCCCUUAGCCUUUGGCCGAGUUGGCAGCAGACAAGAGGACGCUCAGAGCCCAGCUCUCGAGAGUUCAAGCAUCUGAAAAUACCCCACUGCUCCCAGGAGCGUUAACUUGGGCACUCUGUGCCCCUUAUCCCUGUCCGGGUCCCGUCCCAGGGCCGAGGACCGGCCAGUAGGACUCAGUUGCCUUGAGCCUGCUGCCCGCAUCCCUCAGUUCACUUUGCUUGUGGGAUCUCUCCGUUGCUCCUGCCCCUGGACGGAGUGGCAAGCCAUCCUACUAGUACCCAGACGCUUGGAAUCAGCCUGGUGUCGAAACAACUCCAAGGUUUUCUGUAUCCUACAAGCCCUGUGUUCCGUCCGCGAUCCUGCCUUCAAUUUGAGGCACAGGUACCGCAGCAAGCCGGUGCUGUGUGCUCGCAAUAGCAGAAUGUCCUGCAGCUCAGCGGGUGCACUGAUCACAAGGACUCUCCGUGAGGCCCUGGAGCAGGUAAUCACCAUUUUGGGGCCCACAACACCCAGCUGUGCCCCACACUCCUAUCCAGAGAAGAUCAUGUCCAAGGCCCUCAAGGAGAAUGGGGCAGGGAUGCCUGAGCAGGGCAAGGACCCCAGAGUCCAGGAGAAUCCUGAUGAUCAGAAAGGGGACCCCGAGGACACCAGGGAUGCACGGUCUGCAUUUAGGCCCCUGCGGGACAAUGGAGGCCUCUCUCCCUUCGUGCCCAGGCCCGGGUCCCUGCAGAGAGACCUCCAUACCCAGAGGUCAGAAAUCCCACCUGACAAGAAAUCCCAGCCCUCCGGGAUGAGCUGCUGCCCCAAACGAAAUGCCAUCGCCAGCUCCUACAGCUCCACGGGGGGCUUCCCGUGGCUAAAGAGGAGGAAGGGGCCAGCCUCAUCCCACUGCCAGCUGCCCCUCACUUCUUCAAAGACAGUGAGUGAGGUCAGCCCUCAGGCUGUCUCUCGGGGUCAGGCCCAGUGUGAAAAGGCAGCAGAUUCAGCCCCUGAGGAGAAACCGGCCCCCAGGAGUGGCUCCCCGACAUCUCAGGCCUCUAGGCCUCGUAGACGAAAGUUCCCUCUACUGCCACGCAGGCGAGGGGAGCCUGUGAUGCUGCCACCUCCCUUACAGCUGGGGUUCCGGGUCACCGCUGAAGACCUGGACCUGGAGAAAAAGGCCGCACUCCUGUGCAUUAAUAGUGCACUGCGGGGUGAGGCCAAGGCCAUCUGGGACUGCAGAGCCUCACUGCCUUCCCAUGCUUUGUCCUCACCGGCAACAGGGACGUCUUCUCUGCCUGCUGUCCCUAAAGCACCCAGCACGGAUGCACAGCAGGAGAGACGAAAGUCCCAAGACCGCCCAGACCCCGUGGCCCUCCUAGCAUCUGCUGCAGGGUCCCCCUCUAGACCUCCUGUGUCUGGGAGGAAGCACAGGUCAGCAAGUCCCCUGUUCUCCUCCUCAGACCCCCUUCCUGCCACCUCUGCACAAUCCCGGGACUCAGCCCAGGCCACCUCGCUGACUCCUGCUCCCUUCCCAGCUGCAAGCAUGGACCGCAGCAUGAGAAGCCCAAGGCCGGGCACCUCUGCUGCUGCAGCUGCCACAGCGGCCCUUGCUCCCUCUAUAUGGAAUCCCACGUGGGGGUCCCCACUGAAUGGGGUGCAAAGCGGCCCUUCCCAUCCCCAGGCAUCGGCCACAGCAGCACCAGGUGCCCAGGACCUGCCUGCUCCCAGCCUGCAGGUUGCUGCAUCUGGAGCCAGUGCCAGCCCUACAGCCAGCACAUCUGCUAACCUGGCACCCCAGGCGGCAC